CCUGUCUGGCACAGGGAGACUACAGUCAUGGCAUCCAAAAUCAAGGGUGGACCUCCCAAGCAACCAAAGGUGACUCCUGAUCUGCCAUCUGACAAUUUACAGCAGCUACAUGAAAAUAACCCAGGAACCAAUCUGGCCUUUGAAACUGGUGGAGAAAGCACUUCUUUCCAAGAAACAGGUGGACCAAAGCCAGGGCCUAGUAAGAAAUCUUUUAAUGAAAGGAAGAGAAGGUAUGUGCUGAAUGUAAGUCAUACUGUCCAGAACAUUGAGUGGAAAAUUGACCACUUCCUAAAACUCCAGCAUGAACAAAGGCAGAAACUUUAUCAGGACUAUUCUCAUCAGUUUUUGACUUUGGCUGUGAUGUGGAAUAUAGAUGUAGAGCAAGUCAAGAAGCAUGCCGAAAAACUCUCCAAUAUACUUGAUGAGCAACAAAAGCUUUUUCAACAAUUUCAAGGUAUUCGUAUGCAGAAAAUAGAAGAAUUUAAGGAGUUAUGUGAUCGACACUUAAAGAAUCUACAGGCUAUUAAGAGGUGUCGCCGAAAAGCUAUUGUUGAAGAAGCCAGGAAACAAAUGGACUGCUUGGAAAGGAAACUUACUGAAGAAACUGUUCAUGUAAACCAGCAGGAAGAAAGGGAAGGCAAUCAGUCAUCACUUCUAUCCUUGGUAUUCUCAUAAUACCUUGAAGAAGGAAGCUCAAGCACCAGAAUAAGUUUCUAUAACAUGAUUAUUUUCUGAAUCUCUGAUGACAUGAAACUAAUUCUAAUGAAUAUGAAUCGUUGUUCACAACUGUGAGGGGACAGAAGAAUGUUACUGAGAAUGUUUUGUUUUGUUUGAAAUUUAUUGCGCAUGUAGAGUACUUGAUCAUCAGGGAUAUAUCAGGUCUCCUGUACAGUUAAAUCUCAU